AUGGGAAAACGAAUUCAGAAUAAAGAGGUUGGAAUGUCUAGUGGAAUUAAUAGCCAUCAUACUCAUCCAGGAAGAGUGUGGGGAAUUCUUCAUGUAAUAAAGUAUCAUCAUUGGCGUCAUGUCAAGAGAAGGAUUACUCAUAGGAGGCAUUGUAGUUAUGAUGCAGAUGAAAUUCCACGAACUUCUGAUGCUUCUGGGGCUGAUAAUCAUAGUAUGGCAGUAGAUUUCAAGCCAGAUACAACUUUAUCAAAUGUUGAAGAAAAUAAGCUGGUACACUCCACUCCACAUGCAAGACAUUCUAUAAAAUCAAGAUUAAAGUCACUUCUUAAUGAAGAUACAUACAAAAAGAUGGGCAGACAUAAGAGAAGCUCAACCUGUCCUGGAAAAUCGCAGCUAACUCGCGUCGAUUCAGUUCAUCACUUGGAAGUUGAUCCACUUAGUGAAAUGUUGUUAACUGGUGAGAAUCCAGAACCAGUUCUAGAAACUUUUCAAAACCAUCUUGCUGCAGGAACAUUGGAAGUUUUGUCACCAGUUUUUUCAGGGAGCAAAAAACCGAACACCGACAACAAUGACAAAUGUGUUGAAUGUGGUGCAAUGUUUUCUAGUGAUGCUUUGGAACAACAUGACAAUAUUCAUCAUCAUAAGCAUCUAUCCUUAGGUGAUGGUUUGCAAGAAGAAAAAUUGAUGAAUGCAACGAUACUUACAACCGAUGCUUCGCCACUUCUUUUCAAGGAUUUUCUUGAUGCUUUAGAUGUAAUCAACACAAACAAGGACUUUCUAUUGAAGUAUAUCAAUGAUCCUGGUUCUCCUUUACCAUUCCAAAUUCAUAAUCAACAACCUAAUCGUAAAUCGAGACGAGCCAAAUCGAUCUCGUUACCUAUUUGCGGAUCAUCCUCAAGAAGCAAAGAUUCCGAGCAAAUGGUAGAUGAUUGGUUCGAUAUAAAAAGUGUGAUAGAAUCAAAAAUUCAAAACUUUGGAGAUUUUCACAAACCAUCAACUUCUUCUUCAAAUAAAGUUGAUCAUCAACUACUCGAUUCAGAUCAAAAAUCGGUUGGAAGAGAUCAGAACAACAUUUCAUCAGAUUCAUCUCAGAUUCAAAACAAUGUGAAGACUAAGAACUUCAAAGAUCUUAGAAAUAGGAUAAAGCAUAUAAUUGAGGAAAGCAAAAAUGAAAAGCGUCGCAUAACAAUGGAUGCUAUAGUUGACAAAAUCCCUCGGGGAAGCAAGUUUUCCAAAAAUGUAAGGAAGUUGAUGAACCAUAAUCAAUUUAAAAAUCGCAAUGGAGAAGGAAACGAGAGUGGAACAACAAGCAGUCACAAUGGCAAUCAUCUUUCGUCUUACUCAAACAAUAAGCGUCCACUAACGGGCAUGAGGACUACAUCUCUAAAAGAAGCGGUUAAUCGAUAUUCUCAGCUUUAUGAUACUUGUUUUCACAAUGAAGAUAAAAAUAAUGAAGUCAAGUAUCCUAAAACUGAGAGCUUAAAAUUAAAAACAGAAGAGAGACCCUCAAUAUUGAAGACACCGAAAUCGUUUGAUAGGUUUCUCUCAUUACCUAAUAUAAAAUCUUACGUCAUUCCAAGUGAGGAACCUUCUGUUCGUUUGUCUCCUCAGAAUUCGGUUCGAAAAUCUGAAGAUAGAACCAUAGGCACAAGUGCAAAUGAUGACUACACAAAUAGUCAAACUUUGUCACCUACAAUUUCUGAUCAUACAAAUGAAGAAAACAUUUUGAAUGAUGAUAAAAAACAAGUUAUUGUUAAGAGUCCUUCCGAAACAGAAUCAGGAUCAGAUGUUAAUGAUGACAUAAAGUCAGAAAAGAGUAUAGGCUUGAGAGACAAUGAAUGUGCUGCUAGCAAUGACCAUGAGAUUGGAUCUGCAAUAGAUUCAAGUACUAUGUUGGUUGAAGCAAACUCAGCUUUCUCUUCUGACACCAGCUUCUUAGAUGGUACAUUUGAGUUGGAAAACUUAAAUAUAUUGGAAGAACCAGAUAAAGAAUUAAAGCCAGUGUCAGCUGAUAAUGAAUUGAAUAAUAUGUAUGAUCAACAAGAGACUAAAGUGGAGAAUUUUCUGAAAUGUGGAUAUGAAAUUCCAUGCAUGGAAGUUGAUACAAGUAAAGAAGCUGCAUUUAAUUAUGUAAAAAAAGUUUUAGAACUCUCAGGCUUCACUGCAAAUGAAUCUCUUGGAGUAUGGUAUUCUGAUAACCAACCAGUUGAUCCUUCAAUUUACGAUGAAUUAGAGGGAUGUUUACUUCUUGAUCCUGAUUGUUCUGGUAAUUGCGACGAAGGUGGACAAUGCAAUCAUCUUCUUCUGUUUGAUAUAAUCAAUGAAGGGUUAUUGGAGAUUUUUGGUAGAUCAUAUAGUUAUUAUCCUAAACCUUUAUCAUCUCUAUCUUAUGUUCAUCAUUUGCCUACUGGAGGAAAUAAUGUUCUACAUAAAGUAUGGAAACUUAUUAGUUGGUAUCUUACUACUUGUGAUGAGGCUUAUCCAUCAUUGGAUUAUUAUGUUAGUAAAGAUCUAGCAAAACAUGAUGGAUGGAUGAAUCUCCAAUUUGAUUCUGAAUGUGUAGGGCUUGAGAUUGAUGAUUUGAUUUUUGAUUAUCUCUUGGAGGAAAUUAUCUACACCUAA